AUGAAAGAUGUCCCAACAUAUCUACCUGAAGGGACGAUACUGCCAUGUAACCUCCCGCGAGAAGAUGCUAGAGAUGCAUUUAUAUGUUUGACUGCAAAUUCACUUGCGGAGCUUCCUUCUGGUUUCGUCAUUGGAAGUGCUUCCCUGAGGAGACAAUCUCAGAUUCUCUACAGAUAUCCAUCACUCAAGGUUGUUAACUUAAGAGGAAAUGUUCAGACACGGUUAACGAAACUCAAGAACGGAGAUGUCCAUGCUACGCUGUUGGCACUGGCUGGACUAAAGCGGCUAAAUAUGGUGGAAAAUGUGACAUCUAUAUUAUCCAUGGAAGAAAUGCUUCCAGCAGUUGCCCAAGGUGCUAUUGGAAUAGCUUGCCGAAGCAAUGACGACAAAAUGAUGGAGUACCUGUCCUCGUUGAACCAUGAAGAUACCAGAUCAGCUGUUGCAUGCGAAAGAGAAUUCUUGGCAAUGCUUGAUGGUAACUGCCAAACUCCAAUUGCGGCCUAUGCUCAUCGUGAUAAGGAUGGGAGUUGCUCAUUCCGAGGUCUAUUGGCUACACCAUAUGGAUCUAAAGUAUAUGAGACAACAAGAACUGGACCGUACUCUUUUGACGACAUGGUUGAGAUGGGCAAAGAUGCUCGUCAUGAGCUGAAGGCAAAGGCUGGGCCUGGGUUCUAUGGUUGCUUGCAAUGGAAAGAAUGA